UAAUUCAUCCAACAAGAAGUCUGUGUGGAAGAUAUCCACAGCCUUCAACGAGUAAUUUGUCUGUUUACGGCUUUUUCAAUUGAUUACCACCUGGGGAAAGUAUAUGAGAGGUUUCAGAGAGACUUUAAUUUCUUGACUCAUUGUAAAUAUUUUAGGCAUUCAAAUACAGCUGAGGGAACAUUGCACAUAGUACGUAGUAGUCACAAUUUUGAUAAGCAAUGUUGUGUGUGGGGGCUGGUGUGAAUUAUGUGUUAUGACAUCAGUAUAUCUCUAAUUCUGGCCACGAGUCUACUAGUAGACAAAGGAAAUAGACACAUUUAGGAAAUGAUAACUUUCAUGUUCAUUUGUCUUGAUGGUAGAGGGGGAGAUAUGGAAUGAUAGAUACUAAUUUUCAUCAUGGCUUUUUAUUAACGAGGCUUAUGUAAUUUACCAGACGUGAACAGGACUACAAGUCUGCAUCCUUUCAAUUUUGAAAACAAUAAAUAGAAAGUCCCUUCUGAAGAGUUCAUACAAGUGAAUGCAAGGCCUUGGAAACCUUCAAAGAUCGUUUUACUCAAAGCAGGUGAUGAGUAUGCAAAGAGACGCUGUAACAAUCGGCUUAUACGAUCUUCGGUUUCAGCUAUAAAGAAGUCCUUUUAUGCCUGUUUAUAAUGUUAUUUCUUUGCGACACCGCAUUCUAAAACAAAAAACUAUGUUCGGUCAUACUUUGUUAUUGAAUAACUUUGGCUCAUUCAGGCGACUAAUUCUCAUCACGUUUUGAAUACAAACUUAGUUAAUGCUCAAUAUCAACACAGGCACGUUUGUGGGCAGCUAUACAGCGACUGGUCCUGUUGCACGUUGUAACGGCAGGAAGAGACUAGUGUUGACCGUCCUCUGGUGAAGUGGGUUCUGUGUAAUUCGCACGUUUAGACCUGCCGAACAGCAUGGAGCGACAGUAGCACACGUUUUCUACGUAGCCAGCAGGAGGUGCCGACACCCGGGGUACACACGACUCGCAGCGAUGUCGGUGAACCGGUGUGUGUAUCUGUUGUCCCGACUUCAACGCCACAUUAGCACCCGGACUACCCGCACCGCUGCUGGCAACUGUCGUGCGUCUCCUGGGUCUGGUUUGUUGCACAGACAACAUCGGGCUGGUUCAUCUAACAGCUCCUCUUCAAAGCCUCCGGACACCUCUCUGUUUGUCCCCAUCUCUCUGAGGAUGGACUGCUUGUCAGACGGCAGUGUGGGAGUGGAGCUGACGCAACCACUCGAUAAAAGUGAGCACAUUUACUUUAAGGCUGAACUGCUGAAAGUUCUGAAUCGGUUUUAUAAGAAGAAGGAGAUGCAGAAGCUGGCAGCAGACCAUGGGCUGGAUGCUCGUCUGUUCCACCAGGCCUUCAUUAGCUUCAGGAAGUUCAUCCUGGAAGUAACAUCACUCCCCGCCGAUCUGCACAUCAUCCUUAGUGACAUCUGCUAUGGAGCAGGUCAUGUUGAUGACCUCUACCCAUACUUUAUGCGUCAUGCCAAGCAAAUCUUUCCUAUGCUGGACUGUAUGGAUGACCUGAGAAAGAUCUCAGACCUCAGAGUCCCUGCUAACUGGUACCCUGAGGCUCGUGCCAUCCAGAGGAAGGUGAUUUUCCAUGCUGGUCCCACUAACAGUGGUAAAACCUACCAUGCCAUCCAGCGCUACCUGGCCGCUAAGUCGGGAGUCUACUGUGGCCCCCUGAAACUACUGGCCCACGAGAUCUUUGAGAAGAGCAAUAAUGCCGGUGUGCCAUGUGACUUAGUCACUGGAGAGGAGAGGACCUUCAUGGACUCAGACGGUCGAGCAUCUGGUCAUGUGGCAUGUACCAUUGAGAUGUGCAGUGUCAUCACACCUUAUGAGGUGGCUGUAAUCGAUGAAAUUCAAAUGAUCAGAGAUCCUUCCAGAGGCUGGGCCUGGACCAGAGCACUGCUGGGUCUCUGUGCAGAGGAGAUCCAUGUGUGUGGUGAACCUGCAGCCAUAGACUUUAUCAGAGAGCUGAUGUACACCACUGGAGAGGAGGUGGAGGUCAACACCUACAAGCGGUUAACUCCAUUCACAAUCUUGGAUCAUGCCGUGGAGUCAUUAGACAACUUGAGACCAGGAGAUUGCAUCGUCUGCUUCAGUAAAAAUGACAUCUACUCCCUAAGCAGACAGAUUGAGGCCAGAGGACUGGAAUGUGCUGUAAUUUAUGGGAGUUUACCUCCAGGCACCAAGCUGGCACAGGCCAAGAAGUUCAAUGACCCUGAGGACCCCUGCAAGAUACUGGUUGCUACAGAUGCUAUUGGCAUGGGCCUCAACCUGAGUAUAAGACGUAUAAUCUUCAACAGUCUGGUAAAGCCUAAUGUCAAUGAGAAAGGGGAGAAACAGAUGGAGACCAUCAGCACAUCACAAGCCCUGCAGAUAUCUGGCCGCGCAGGGAGGUUUGCCUCAGUGUUUGAAGAGGGAGAAGUCACCACCAUGCACAGAGAUGAUCUGCCUGUUCUGAAGGAGAUACUCAGCCACUCUGUAGACCCCAUAGAGACUGCAGGUCUCCAUCCUACAGCAGAGCAGAUAGAGAUGUUUGCCUAUCAUCUACCUGAAGCUACACUGUCAAACCUUGUCGACAUAUUUGUCAGCCUCUCUCAGGUGGACGGUAUGUAUUUUGUCUGCAACAUUGAGGACUUCAAGUUUCUGGCUGAUAUGAUUCAGCAUAUUCCACUCAACCUGAGGUCCCGCUACGUCUUCUGCACGGCUCCCAUCAACAAGAAACAACCAUUUGUAUGCACCUCCUUCCUGAAGUUUGCCCGUCAGUUCAGUCGAGACGAGCCCCUCACAUUUGACUGGGUGGGUCGCCAUGUCAGCUGGCCUCUGUCUGCACCCAAAAACAUCAAAGACCUGGUUCACUUGGAAGCUGUUCAUGAUGUGUUGGAUCUGUACCUCUGGUUAAGCUACCGUUUCAUGGACAUGUUUCCAGACACAGGCUUGGUUCGGGAAGCCCAGCGGGAACUUGAUGAUAUCAUACAACAGGGUGUCCUAAAUAUCACCCACCUCAUCAGAGCCACUGACCCAACCAUCACUAACCCACCACAGACACAAGGCAGCAGGGGUGGACAAGCAGGUGGUAGUAAUGCAAGUGCCAGCAGCAAUCCUCUGAGGGGGCGAAGAGGCUCAGGAGAGAUGGACAUCUCUCUAGCUAGUCGCCUGGUGAGAGACGGGCUGUUGACUCCUGAUUUGCUCCGGCAGCUUCAGAGGGAGUGGUCUAAAGAUCAGAAGCAGGAAUUCACCAAUCAGAGCGCACUUGAUACAGAACCUCACAAUAAUAACAACAACAAAGGGAAAAGAAAAAAGAAGAAGAAAUGAACAAAGCACACAUGGUCAACACUGGAGAUUGAUAACUGAUACAAGCCUCGGGUGAUAUCUGGUGGUUUGUUUUUAGUCCUGGAGGGGGAUCGUAAAGAGCUUUUAGCCCGAGCUAUGAAAAUACAACACCAACAUGUAAUUUGAACCCGAGAGCAGUGUUUGAUUAUGGUCAUUGGACAUGGACUGAGAUUUACAUCAGAGUACUGGGUCAUUCAAUGUUUCCAUGUGGAUUUCUUGUUUUCACUGUGCUUAAAUCUCACAUUGUAUUCUCCCGUUUCAGUGGGAGCAAAUAAAUGACUCACAGAAUCACCUUGGAAAGUAAUUUAAAUCUGUCAAAUUAGCCCAACAACAAACCUUACUGACCUAACUUGGAUUUGGCUGACAAGAAAUAGACCCAUUGUUGUGGGUUAUUGUGGGACGUCCUGCCUAAACUACAGGCCCACAGUUGUAAUUUACAGACUGACUGGCAACAUUUUGGUUUACCACAAUGUUUCAAUGCUGAUUUACAAGCACUGUGACCAGGAAACAUUUUAACAUGCACUGUUAGUGUGUGUUAUGCAGGUCAGGAAUCAGUUUGCUUCCAUCUGGCUCAGUGUACUCAAAUAUAAAUCCUCAGAAAAAGCACGAGUAUGUAUCCAUCUUAGUUGGGUUAUUACUGUCAGUGACAGUAAUCUGACAUGAGCUGCAGUUUCUGUGAACAUUUUGAAUACAUAGAAUUGAGUGCAUCCCUGCUGGUGUCUACAUAUACAGAUGAGAUGCCAUAUUUUUUCAUGUUUGUUUGCAUAUUUAAGGGGAAGAUGUCAGUUGAUUAAAAAUGUACUAUGUUUUAA